CUCCCCUUCCGCUACCUCCCCGGGAUCCGCUCAUCUUUGUUCUACGUAGAUGCGUCGCUCCGCCUCCCCUCUAUUUGGAUUUUUUUUCAUUGCAUCCAUUUUUGUGCAUUUAAGAAACCUCCAAGAAUCAACAACCUGGAGGAGACCGUGAAAGAGGGUGAGGAGGAGGAAGGACGAGGAAAACAACUGAAAAAAAGGAAAAAGACGCCCCCUCGAUUCAAGAUGCGAAUAACAUCUUUCUAGAAGAUGACAGCAAUGGGUUAGACGGGAUUUAACAUGAUUGCAAAAUAAAAAAAGCAAUUGUAUCGAAAGAUGUCUGCUCCACUCGGGCCCCGGGGCGGCCCCGCCGCUCGUCCUGCGGCUGCAGAGCUGCCCGAGAUGCCGGAUCUAAGCCAUCUAACCGAGGAGGAGCGAAAGAUCAUCCUUGGCGUAAUGGACCGGCAGAAGAAAGAAGAGGAGAAGGAACAGUCCAUGCUAAAGGUCAAGGAAGAACAAAAGCCUCAGCCAGCACAGUGGUUUCCCUUUAGCGGAAUUACUGAGCUGGUAAAUAACGUUCUUCAGCCACAGCAAAGGUCCCAAAAUGAGAGGGAGCCAGAAACGAAGUUGCACCAGCAGUUUGAGGUGUACAAGGACCAGGUGAAGAAGCUGGGGGACGAGGCUCAGCAGACACCGGAGCAGAAGGACGGCGCGCCCACCUGCGGAAUAUGCCAGAAAACCAAGUUUGCCGAUGGCUGUGGCCAUAUUUGUUCUUAUUGCCAAACCAAGUUCUGUGCGCGGUGUGGUGGACGUGUGUCACUGCGAUCAAACAAGGAGGACAAAGUGGUUAUCUGGGUAUGCAACCUGUGCCGAAAACAACAGGAAAUCCUCACUAAGUCCGGGGAAUGGCUGUGCAGCGGGAUCCCCACUGCGGCCCAGAGGGCAACCUCCACUGAGGGGCCCCGGGGCCCACGGCUGGAGGAGGCCCCCCGCGAGAAGAAGGCCAAGCUCCAGGGUGCGGCCCCUUCCCAGGGAGCCGCGGGGGACGUCGCCGCAUCCACGCCUGACCGGAGCAGACCCCCCGGGCUCCAGCGCCAGCAGUCGCUCCGGAACGGCUCGGGGCCGCAGCGUCCUGAACCAGGCGACGUGCUUGUUGACAGGAAAAGAAGCCCAUCAGCAUCCAGGGAUUCAAACCAAAAAUACGACCAAAGGGAGGAGAGGGGGGACCACUCGCAGUAUGCCCCGGCGGACGGCGGGAUGCCCAGAUCGCCGUCUGACUACGGGGACCGGGACCCCCACCGGGGACCACGGGGCUCGUGGCCAUACGAGGAUGCCGAGGACGGCCGCUUGGAGUACCAGGAGCGGCGGGGACGGUGGCAGGACUACCCGCCGGAGGAGGAGGUAGACAGGCCACACGGCGAGCGGGAGGAAGAGUACCAGGCACGUUACCGUAGUGACCCCAACCUGGCACGCUACCCGGUAAAGCCGCAGCCGUACGAGGAGCAGAUGCGCAUGCAUGCUGAGGUGUCACGGGCACGGCACGAGCGUCGUCAUAGCGACGUGUCACUGGCCUACACCGAAAUGGACGAGCCGUCGGGCCGGCUGCACCCGGCUGAGAGAACGCGCUCGUAUUCGGUGGAGAGGACGUCCCCUGUGCCUGGGCGCCACAGCCCGCCCACACCCCACCGGAGCCCUGUUCUGGGGGAGGGCCGGCGGGGGCAGGGGGGCCCCGCUCGCCGGCCCCCACCACAGCACCACCACCUGGACCCCGGCUCCGCCAUGCGGAAGAGCAAGCGGGAGAAGAUGGAGAGCAUGCUCCGCAAUGACUCGCUGAGUUCCGACCAGUCCGAGUCAGUGCGGCCGCCACCGCCCCGGCCCCACAAGGCCAAGCGGGGCGGCAAGAUGCGGCAGCUGUCCUUUAGCAGCUCGGAGGAGGAGCUGGCCACCACGCCGGAGUACACCAGCUGCGAGGACGUGGAGAUUGAGAGCGAAUCAGUGAGCGAGAAAGGGGGCAGUCAAAGGGGAAAAAGAAACACUCAUGAGCAGGCAAUUUUGUUGGACUCGGCUUACACCUUAUCUGAGAGGCAAAAGAAAACGGUGCGUUUUGGGGGCCGUUCGUUCGAAGAGGACUUGGAAUUGUGCGAACCCCAAGUUAAAGACUCUGGCGUUGAUACAUGCAGUAGCACAACGCUAAAUGAGGAGCAUAGCCAUAGUGAGAAGCACCCGGUGACGUGGCAGCCGUCCAAAGAUGGGGAUCGACUGAUUGGACGGAUCUUGCUAAACAAGCGGAUGAAGGACGGGAGCGUGCCUCGAGACUCAGGUGCACUUCUAGGACUGAAGGUGGUUGGAGGAAAGAUGACAGAAUCUGGUAGACUUCGUGCUUUCAUCACAAAAGUGAAAAAAGGAAGCCUAGCAGAUACUGUUGGACACCUUCGACCAGGCGAUCAGGUCCUGGAGUGGAACGGGAGGCUCCUAGAAGGGGCCACCUUCAAAGAAGUUUACAAUAUCAUUUUAGAUUCAAAGCCUGAGCCCCAGGUGGAGCUGGUGGUGUCUCGCCCCAUUGGAGAUAUUCCCCGGAUACCAGAUAGCACACACGCACAAUUGGAAUCAAGUUCGAGUUCCUUUGAAUCCCAGAAGAUGGAGCGGCCCUCCAUUGCGGUCACGUCUCCCAUGAGCCCCAGCAUGCUCCGAGACGCCCCUCAGUACCUGUCCGGACAGCUCUCAAGCCAAAGCCUUAGUAGGAGAACUACGCCUUUUGUCCCUAGGGUCCAGGUAAAACUCUGGUACGACAAAGUGGGCCACCAGCUCAUUGUCACAAUUUUGGGAGCAAAGGACCUGCCUUCCAGGGACGACGGGCGGCCGAGGAAUCCCUACGUAAAAAUCUACUUCCUGCCCGACAGAAGUUUGAAUUAUUGUUCCUCCAGUGAUAAGAGCAAGAGAAGAACAAAAACAGUAAAGAAAUCAUUAGAGCCCAAAUGGAACCAGACGUUUAUGUACUCACCGGUGCACCGGCGGGAGUUCCGCGAGCGAAUGCUGGAGAUCACGCUCUGGGACCAAGCACGGGUUAGAGAAGAGGAGAGUGAGUUCCUGGGAGAGAUCCUGAUCGAGCUGGAGACGGCGUUGCUGGACGACGAGCCACACUGGUAUAAGCUACAGACACACGAAGUGUCCUCCAUGCCGCUGCCCCGCCCCUCACCCCAGCUGCAGCGCAGGACGCCCGUCGGGGGGAGUCCCACACCCAGGCUGCAGAGAUCCCAGAGAAUCAGUGACAGUGAAAUCUCUGACUACGACUGUGAGGACGGAAUUGGAGUAGUAUCAGAUUACAGACAGAACAGCAGGGAUCUCCAGAGCUCCACGCUCUCCGUUCCUGAGCAGGUGAUGUCAUCCAACCACUGCUCACGGUCAGCGGACACGAGCCGCGCGCGCUCGCGCUCGCCCAGCGUCCCGCCUCCGCAAAGUCGGAGCCUGGACCACGGUGACCGUGGGCCGCCCUCGCAGUACCACACCACUGGUAGGAUGGAACGGCAUCACAUGUCAGAAGACCGCUACUCCCCCGACAGCCAUUAUCUCACGAUACCACGAUCGAGACACAGCCAGCCUAUCGAUCGCCACCAGAGGGAACCCAGAGACAAUCUCGUGUACCCUAUCUGUCGAGAAGAUGCAGUCAGGUUACUGCGCAUGGCUAAGAAGGCCCAUGCGUAUUCUGGCGGUGAUAACAAUGACCUUGAGAGGACUUGUGGUGCCUUGGACCGGCAUGAGUAUCACCGGUCCCGGUCCACGGACCAGCGUCCCACAGUAGAUCGCCCUGCCCCUCGCUCCCGGUCCAGUGAGCGGCCCGACUCGAGCCUCAUGAGGUCUAUGCCGUCCUUACCGUCCGGAAGAUCCGCCCCUCCCUCACCUGCCUUAACGAGGGCGCACCCCCGUAGCGGAUCGGUCCAAACCAGCCCCACCAGUACCCCCGCGUCCAGUCGGAGAGGACGGCAGCUGCCCCAACUCCCUUCCAAGGGGACACUGGAAAGAAGUGAUCUGGAAGUGGAGGAGCGCACACGGCAGAUGAGGCUGAAAAUGAGCAGAUCCAGGCAGGAGUCGUCCACCGACUCCAGGCUGGAGUUAGACGACCAGGCCAAGCGCUUGGGUAACCGAGGCCCAGACAACCUCUCCGCCAGGUCCUCGGACAGUGACGUAAGCGACGUGUCCGCUGUAUCGAGGACCAGUAGUGCCUCUCGGUUCAGCAGCACGAGCCACAUGUCUGUCCAGUCCGAACAACCACGGGCAAACCGCAGGAUAAGUGGCUUUGCACCCAAAACGAAACGCAGGCAGGACUCAUCCGAGCCAAGCAUGACCAAGAGCAGCAGCAUCAGCGGGGAGAUGUGUGACCUGGAGAAGCAGGACGGCAGCCAGUCGGACACGGGCGUGGGCACGGUAGGCACCGAGGAGAAGGUGCGGCGCGCCAGCAUGGGUGCCAAAAUGGUGGCUAUAGUGGGCCUUACGAGGAAGAGCCGCAGCGCGUCUCAGCUCAGCCAAACAGAAGCAGGAGGGAAGAAGUUGCGCAGCACCAUCCAGAGGAGCACGGAGACAGGCUUGGCGGUGGAGAUGAGGAGCCGUAUGACACGGCAGGCCAGCCGGGAGUCCACCGACGGCAGCAUGAACAGCUACAGCUCCGAAGGAAACCUGAUAUUUCCUGGAGUGCGGCUUUCUUCUGACAGCCAGUUCAGUGACUUCCUGGAUGGUCUUGGUCCUGCCCAGCUUGUGGGUCGGCAGACAUUGGCCACACCUUCCAUGGGUGACAUCCAAAUUGGAAUGGUGGACAAGAAAGGAUUGCUAGAGGUGGAAGUCAUCCGAGCUCGUGGCCUUGUGGGAAAACCAGGCUCUAAGGCACUGCCAGCACCGUAUGUCAAAGUGUACCUUCUGGAAAACGGAGCCUGUGUAGCCAAAAAGAAAACGAAAGUCGCUCGGAAAACUUUGGAUCCCCUCUAUCAGCAGCAACUGUCAUUUGAGGACACUCCAGGCGGGAAAGUUCUGCAGAUCAUUGUGUGGGGGGACUAUGGACGCAUGGACCACAAAUCCUUUAUGGGAGCUGCUCAGAUACUUUUAGACGAUCUUGACUUGUCCAACAUGGUGAUUGGCUGGUUCAAGCUCUUCCCCCCUUCCUCAUUGGUGGACCCAACCCUGGCACCUUUGACCAGGAGAGCUUCCCAAUCGUCACUGGACAGUUCCUCUGGACCUUAUGCUCGUUCAUAGCAGUGCAAGAAAAGAUAGCUUUGUUGUAGCAGCCAGUGUUGGAGUUUAAAGUCUCGAAAGGCCACGCCCUGGUUACCCUGGUUACAAUGCAUGCUUGAUGUUGUGUCCUCUGAGCCUGUUUCUAGGGAUGCAAAGGUGAUCCCGUGUUUUUGGCAAAAGUUGCACACAUUGUGCGAUCCAAAAACCCUUAUGGGGAGAACCAGAUAGAAGCAGCAUGAACGAACUUGCAAACAUGGAGUUGCGUGAUGCUAGGUUUUCAUCCAAUCUGAAGCCAUGGAGGGUGGACUGAGAACCAAUCAAUGAGUUCUACAGAAGCCCUUUUUUAAAAUAAAAAAUAUAACUAAAAAUCAAAGUCAUUAAUCUUGUUUUUUUGUUUUGUUUAUUGUAUUUAUGUUUUUUUUUUGUUGUCGACGUACAAGACGGGGUAACGACGUUGCUUAACAGAUGCCUGGUUAUGCCACAGCAAUGCAGAAGUUUGAGCAGGGGCAGUGAGAUGCGACUGAGCAGAUUAGGGUGUAAGCCAGCGCAAGGCACCGCGCUCCAUGCAGCCCAGUGAUCCCAGAUUAGCUACCCGCCCUCACAGCUAAAGCAGGUCCUGAGAAAUUGCGAGUCAACUUUUCAAAAUGGCUGUAACUGACGCUCCAGGUCAUAAACACCACAUCCCAGAACAAGAUGAACUUUUCUGAUCUAUUAUAAUUAUUUCUCUGUUGAUAUAUUGUAUGAAAUUUAAAAGAGGAAAAAAUUUUUUUGCAUGAUCACAAAUUUAGCUGAACUUUAAAAAAAAAAAAAAUUAUUUUCUUGAGGCUGCAACUUGCAAAAAAAAGAAUAAAAAGAAAAAUGAUAGAGAUCAGCCAUUUUCAACAAUUUAUAUUAUUUUUAAAGGUGAAUUUCACUAGUGCAUGGUUUUAAAAGGGAGUGAAUGUAACGCCGUGAUUCAAAGAGACACACCGUGUUUGUCGCCUGUCAGACCACACACUGGUCUGUAUUUUUACAGACAGGAAGCUUAAAAAAGAUUUAUAGCUUAUUAACAAGAAAGACCUGUUUAUGUGACAAGAUAAUAUUAAAAUAAAUGUAAAGUAUUAAUUUCAUUGUAAAGGCGCAAGCCUUAAAAAGACAGAUAUUAUGUGCAAAUUGUACAUUUCUCAAUUCUGUCCUCCCCCAGGUCAUUGUACUACUCAUUUCCGUCAUUGUCCAAUUCCCCUGGUUCCGUCCCUGUUUCUUCAGAACUGUAAAUUAUCUUACAGUUCUGGAUUCUUUAUGUCUGUAUUUCUUUUAUGGAUUUGAUUUGUCUAACAAGCAUGUUGAAAAGGGAUUUUUUGCAACAUGGCUUGGGCACACAGUAACUCAGCAUGUUUUGAUAGAAAAGAGAUAUUUGGAUUUUUGCAGUUUUCUUGUACAGUGCAUGUAAAAAGAAAAAAAACAAAAAACUAAGUUACUUUUUUCCUUCACCUUGAAUUGAAUUCUACAGCAAAUGAGUUAUCGGGCUUUUGUGGCCAACUGUUGAGAUGUUUAUCGAGACAUUCCACCUCCUGGUAUCAUUAUGUUUCUGAUUAAAAAAAACAAAAAUCAAAAAAAAAAAAAAAGAAAUUUAAAGGAAAAUGGUUUUAUAUUUAAUAGUGGUUGACUACAAAAUAGUGUAAGGUUGCAUCUUUUAUUUUAUUAUUGUUGUAAAAAAAGAGUAAUACAAACAAAAAAGAAUAAACCCAUAAACUGGAUUCGCGGGAUGAAUUUUAUCUAAGCAAGCAGCGGAGAGUCCUGUACUGUAAUGUAUUUUGCUGUAAAGUUCAAUUUUAGCGGCGCUGUUUGUGAAACAACGAAUGACUCAAAAAGUACAGAAAAUGGGGAUUUGCCACACGAUGAACUUUUGACUUUUGUUUGUCGUUUUUGGGAAAAUAAAAUUACUUUAAUAUAUAUAAAUAUAUUUUUUGUUAGUUUAUUUUACAAGCCAAGACCAAUUUUUUAUUUCCUAUUUUUAGUAAUUAUUAAAUGCUUCCGAUGAUUGGGAAGUAAAUGAGUCUUAAGAGUGUUUAAAAUGUUUUAAUGAGACCGAAUCGUGAGGCAUUAUUCCUCUCUACAACAUUCAACAUUUUUUCUUUGUUUCUGUAACAAGCUCUGUAUUUUCCUUUUGCUUUGCAUUGUACAUAGGCUUCCCAUACAUGCACACGCACAAACCUGCGAAUGGAGUGGAUUCGAAACACAUGCAAAUGUAAAAAGGCACAGCAUUUUGGAGGAAGGGGUAAUGCCUCAUGAGAACAUCAAUAAGACCUGCUGUUAUUAACCCCGGAAUGGCUAUUCAUUUUUUUCCGGUGCAAUGUGUUCAUGCCAAGGUUAUGUCUUGGUAAAGUAUGGUUGAGUACAGAGAUUUAUGUAAGUUAUUUUUCAAAUUAACAAUAAAAAAUGGAUAUAACACAGA